AUGAACAAGGAACAUCAGAAGGCCCUAGCAGUUUCUGGAAUAGUCUUGGCCCUUACCGUCUAUUUGGUCAAACGAGUAUCAGAUAAAAAGAACAAGGAAUACAGAGAGAUACCUUAUCCAGCUGGAUCAACUAAUUGGCCUAUAUUCGGUCAUAUGCUAUCUCUUGGUAGUGUCCCAGCCAUGCAGUUCAAAAAAUGGCAUGAGGAAACAGGGCCGAUAUACAAAGUUCGUAUGGGUAAGCAAACAUGGGUUAUGAUUAGUGACCCUUAUCUGGCACACGAGAUUUUUGUCAAGAACGGCGCCAACACAUCUUCAAGGCCCUACCACAGGUUCAAUUGUGAUAUUUAUGCAAGGAACAGAAGAGGCGUUGUGUUCACGCAGUACACUCCUGAAUGGAAGAACAACAGAAAGAUGGCUGCAUCACUUCUUGCCCCAGCGUCAGUGGACAAAUUUAGUGGCUUAAUAGAGUACGAAUUUGAUUGCUUGAUGGAUCGAUUGAAACAAGUGGCCAAUGAAGGAGUGGCUAUCAAUCCCUUCAGAGAGCUACAGCUCACUGCGCUGAAUAUCGUCUUGACCGUGCUCGUGGGUACUCGUUAUGAUCAUAUAGAUAAUCCACUUGUAUCUGAGCUCAAUAAGCUCAUUGAUGAAGGUAUGGUAUAUGCUGGUGCAGCUGGUGAUUUGAGAUCGCUCGUUCCUAGCCUAGCAUGGAUUGGUACCCUCUUGGGAUUAGACAAGAAGAUGACGCAUUUUAUCAAACAAAGAUGUGACCCUUUCUAUGGCAAGCUCAUUCAAGGCGCGCUUGAGCGAGAUGCUGAUUCUCUUGCGAAAUCAUUAAACAAGAUGAAGGAAGAAGGACUGAUUAGCGGAGACGAUAUGCAUGUGCUUAUAACUGAUCUCAUUGCUGCCGGAUCAGAUACAGUCUCUGUCACCCUUUACUGGACCUUGGCCACUCUUGCCUUUCAGCCUAAUGUUCAGGCCAAGAUCAUACAAGAGCUCGACUCUUGGAAGGCCGACCAUGUACCUGGAGCUAUUCCCAAUUUUCAUCAAGACCGCGAAGCGUUCCCAUACACUAUCUGCGUGCAAAAGGAAAUGAUCAGAUACCGUCCGGCCACGAGUUACGGGAUCCCUCAUGUGGCAUCGGAGGAUAUCGUGGCUGGUGGUUACCUUAUACCCAAGGACGCCGUUCUUAUUAGUACCAUGGGCGCCAUGCACAUGAAUGAAAGCAUUUACGAGAACGCUCACACUUUCAACCCUGAACGAUUCAAAAACAAUACAAGCAGAAUGUCAGCAUCGGCUAAUACCAAGGUUGAUGAUCGAGAUAUUUUUGCAUUUGGAUGGGGAAGACGUAUGUGCCUUGGCAUCCAUUUGGCCGAGUUGGAGUUGUUUAGCUUUUAUGUUCGAUUCUUUUCCGAAUUUACCGUCGAGCCCGAGCUUGAUGCUCAAGGUAAUCCUGUGCCGAUUAAUAUCGAAGGAUUUGUGGAUGAAGGGGUUGUCAACAAGCCACUUCCGUACAAGGUUCGCUUUGUGCCUAGAUCAUAA